AUGCCUGGCAACACAACCCCAGGCUCAAAGCCGCCGAAGACAAUGUCUUCCCGGCUCUUGACCAUGAAGUUUAUGCAACGCGCAGCCGCAUCAUCCAGCCCCGUCGCAAGCGAAGACCCAAAAACCCCACCUCCCAAACGUCAACGUCUAUCCACCACAACCAGUGAACCAGCAACAACGCCCAGGUCAAUUUCCGACCUCGACGCCGUCAACGCUGCCCUCGCAGCCGAAGAACAGAAACGCGCAGAUGCGAUUGCGCGCCAAGCUGCCGAAGCAGGCGAGACCAAUUGGGUGUUGGAUUUCGAGGGUCCUGCUACAAAUAAUGUUACCUCGCAGCCUAUGAUUGUCGCUGCUGAUUCGUUGGAUGCGGAGGAUCAGGACACGUCGUAUAGUGGUCGGAAAUGUUAUGGUGGUUUUAAGAGCAAGAAUAGGCGGAAUAUAUUUGAGAACGUUGAGGAAGAAUUUCCGACAGAUCCGGUAGAACUCGCAGCAUACAUGGCAGCGAAGAAAAGGAAAAUUGAAAAGGAAGAAAGGAAAGCUGAUAGGGCGAUGCAGAAAGCGACUAGUAUCUCUGGCGGAGGGAGACCUGUGGUGGACGAUCGAAAUAAGAUGAAGCAUGGAAGAUCUGGGAAGCGGUCUAAAUGA